UUCUAUAAAAAAAGUCUUGGUAAUAAGAUUCACAGUUAUUAUGCUGUUACAUUAUCUACAGAUAUGGGAGAAGUUACCUCACCUAAAAGCUGUUGUUCAGUAUAAAGGUUGCUUACAGGAAAAGCGCACAAAUUUAUACACGUGGGAAGAGUUCAUGGAAUUGGGGAAGGAUAUUCCUGAUGCAUAUCUUGAUGACGUCAUAAACUUGCAGAAACCUAACCAAUGUUGUGUCCUUAUCUACACCUCUGGUACAACUGGGAACCCUAAAGGAGUAAUGUUAAGUCAUGACAAUAUCACCUGGACAGCUGGCCAAGCCAGUGAAGCUGGUGAAAUGAUACCUCCAGAGAUCCAGCAGGAAAUUAUAGUCAGUUAUCUCCCUCUGAGUCAUAUUGCUGCACAGAUAUAUGACCUGUGGACUGGAAUUAAAUGGGGAGAACAUGUUUAUUUUGCAAAUCCAGAUGCCUUAAAGGGGACUCUUGUGGAUACACUACGAGAGGCACAACCUACAUCACACAUGGGGGUCCCUAGAAUUUGGGAGAAAAUGAUGGAGAGGAUUAAAGAAGCAUCAGCACAAGCUGGCAUAGUUCGGAGGAAGAUGCUCUCUCUUGCAAUGUCUGCCAGUUUUGAAAGAAACAGGACUCCAGCCAGGAAUGGUGAGCUGAAACCGUUCCUUACAACGAUUGCGGAUUUCCUGGUUCUAUCCAAGGUUCGUAAGACCUUAGGAUUUUCUCGCUGCCACAAAUAUUUCUCAGGAGCAGCUCCAAUUUCCACAGAAACUCUGGAGUUCUUUCUGGGUCUCAACAUCACAUUGUAUGAAGCAUACGGGAUGAGUGAAACAACAGGACCCCACUUCAUGUCUGGGCCACACACUUAUCGCUUUCAGUGCUGUGGUAAAGCAGUGCCUGGCUGCCAAGUCAGGUUGCUUAACAAAGACAUAGAUGGGAAUGGAGAGAUCUGCUUCUGGGGCAGGAAUGUCUUUAUGGGAUACUUGAACAUGGAGGACAAAACCAAAGAAGCCUUUGAUGAGGAAGGAUGGCUGCACUCAGGUGAUAUAGGAAAGAUGGAUGCAGACGACUUUCUUCAAGUGACUGGCAGAAUCAAAGAGCUGAUCAUUACGGCUGGUGGUGAAAAUGUUCCUCCCAUACUAAUAGAAGAUGCAGUGAAGAGGAAACUACCAAUUGUCAGUCAGGCAGUGCUAAUAGGGGAUAGAAGAAAAUUCCUAUCAAUGUUCCUCACCAUUAAGAGCACUGUAGACCCAGAUACAUUGGAACCAACUAAUAAUCUGACCCUGGAGGCUAUUCGGUACUGUCAGAAUGUAGGAAGUGAAGCCCUGACGGUGUCUGAAAUUGUGGGGCAAAAGGACCAGGCAGUGUAUAGAGCCAUACAGGAUGGUAUUGAUAAGGUGAACAAAGAAGCUACAUCUAAUGCUCAGCGAAUCCAGAAAUGGAAAAUUUUGCCCAAGGAUUUCUCAAUUGCAGGCGGUGAAAUGGGACCUACAAUGAAGUUAAAGCGACACUCCAUUUUUAAGAAAUACAGGGAGGAAGUGGAGGAAUUUUAUAAAGUGUAAAACACAAGUAGGAGGAAGAUAGUGAGGUCUUAUAUAGCACAGAAUGAUUUACAUUUACAAGUGAGACGUACAAGAUGACAAAAUGAGGAUCUACGAUAAAGCGUUCCUGAUGACAACAUGAAGAAGGGGCAUUACAGAGAGGUUUGGUGUCUGAGGACAAUGUGAACAUGAUGUGCCACUUUCAUUACCAUUUAUUACCCAUAUUCUGUGGUUCCAGUUAUUCUCAUGUACUGUUAUUUGUUCUCUGAUCACAGAACAAACAAUAGGAGGGUUCAGAUAGUUUGUGUAAUUCUACACACAUGGGAUAGUCACUCAAGCACCAAAGCCCACACCUCUAAAAUAUGAAGCAUUAAAGAGACAUAGAAGUCAAAAUUAAACUUUCACGAUAGAGUGUAUACUUUUAAAGACAUUCCAGAAUACUUCUAUUAGCAAAUGAACCUUUCUCUUGGUAUUCUUUAACACUUCGCUCUUUUUCCACAGAAGUACACAGAACUAGGCUCAGGAGUGUGCACGUGUAUUGAGAACUAUAUUUGGCAGCAGUAUUUGCAUCAUUAUUUAUUUUUAUUUACAUAUUAUAUAUAAUGCUCAAAAAAGGCACUCUCGAGCCUACCUCAGUAUGCUCUCAUUGGGGGGGGAAAUAAGUUUAAACAAAGAAUAUAAAAAAGGUAUGAUAAAAUUAUAUGGUGGGGUUUUUUUUUUUUUUUUUUAAUUGUACACUAUCUAAAUCUUAAAAUUUUAAUCUUGGCGUCCUUGUCACUUUAAGCAAACACCUUUUUUAUUUUGUUUUCCUAAAAGCAGAGGACACAGAUAAUUUAUAUUUUGGAACAUAAUGCUCCUUCAACAAGAGGCGUACAACUAUGAUCAAUAAUUGCAGACUAUAUAAACACUAAGAUUGAGGUCAUCAUAUAAAAAAACAUUAUAGUAGUUCUCUUAACAGUGGUGUAACAUGAUAUAAAGUGAUAACAAGAUAACCACUAUGCAGGUGCAGGACAUUUUGGAAAAUAUUUAAUAAAAGGACAUUAGAAAGUUGACAAUUUAAAGGAUUGAGACAAACAGCAUAAUUUCACAGGCCUGGGGGACAAUUGUGCCAAACCUUCCCUUCCUAUUUCCCUGCCCUGUACACAGCAGCCAAUAAGAUCUGUUUUAUAUAGUUUUGUUAAACCAUCAUUAAAACUGCAGUUAAGAUAACCCUAGUCUGUAAAAUAAUAUAUACUGCAAUGUGAUAUGGAUUGUUUUUAAUAAACGUUUGAUUUUCACAA